CUCGGCGAUAUGGCUUCGCGAAGAAAAAAAAACAACGUAGAUAUAUACACCGAGGCUUAAAUGUUGUCAACGAUGCCGAAGCACACAGGGCGUAUGCAUAGCGGUGGCAUCGUAUCAUACAAGACAGUCGUUAUCUUUGUUUUGUCGAUGUUUGUAUUCAGAGCCGCGGAAUCGCGGUGGUGUUUUGAGCCCGACCAAGUAGACCAAGCGUGCGUCGACAAAGUGAAAACUGAGACAGGUCUCAACAGUACCACUCUGGGCGGAUUCAGCGGAAAUAGGACGACGCGGGACUUCCUGGUCCUGGUCGGCUGUUCCCGAAUGAUGGUACCAAGUCCUGAAACCGGCUGCUACGACGCGGACUACCUGGUGUAUUUUUACAGCUGCGUCUACAAUUACACCGUCGACAUGAAAGAGGAACUGAAACGUGUGAACCUGACCAGCCUAGAAACGCGCCAAGGAGAUUGGAAGAGCGUUCAAGGAGUGCCUCAACGCAAAGGAGAUUCCGUGGACGGAAGACAUAUGGGCCAAGGAGGAGAGGGAGAACAGCGACACCGGCUCGCAUAUCAUCGGUUUGCCGUUUUACUGAUUCGGCGACAGGACACGGACGCGCCACGCCGCGGUAGAUGCUCGACUGUGGAGUCUGAAAUAAAGCUGUUGCCGCUUAUAACCGAUAUAACGUUUUUCAUUGGCUAA